ACGCGUUUGCACAGAAGUGGCUUCAGCAUAAAGCCAAUUCUACAAAUCCGUACCAUGCAGCUGGCCGCGCUUUGCUUCCUCGCUAAUGAACGGCGGAUCCCAAGUUAGUCUCAGCCACACUUCUGGAAUUUUACUCCUGGGGGAACAGAAGAGACUGCUUUAUUCUUCUACGUACCGGUCUUUCUCCCGGCCACGAGAACAAAACCUCCGCUUGCUCCUCCCCGCCUGGGGAUAAUCGGAUUGGAGGAACGAGAGGAAGGGGGAAAGACAGGCGGAAUCGCGGAACGCCCGAGCAUCUUAAGACGGGGGAUGCGCAAGAGCAGGAGGCGGGGUUGGGGAGCCGAGGAAGCCGCUUCUCUGGAACGUCGGCUGAUCCAGGCGGAGCCGCUGGCUCGGAUGGCGACAGCGACCUCCCCGCCGCCCGGGGCGGUCCUGCCCCCGUUCCAAUUCCGUCCGAGACACGAGGGCCCGGACUGGCGUCGGCUGAGUGCGGUGGAGGUGGACCGCGUGGCGGCCGAGGUGAACGUGGCGGUGCUGCAGGAGCACCUGGAGCACGUCACCUUCUGCAACGCCGGCCGCGAGCGCUGCCCGCACUGCCGGGGCCCCGCCGACCCGCUGCUGCUCAAGCUCCUGCGUCUGGCUCAGCUUUGCCUCGAGUACCUCCUCCACUCCCAGGAUUACCUCAGUGCCCAGGUCCGCGCCGGGCAGGAACUGCUCCGCUCCGCCGAUGCCCACCGGGACCUGCUGGCCAAGGAUGUGGCCCGCGGAGCACAGCAGAUCCAGUUGCUCAAGGAGGAAUGCAAACGCCGCAAGAAGAUGAUCGCCACUCAGCAGAUGGUGCUCCAGGCCGGGGCCACCUAUCACCAGUGUCAGUUUUGUGACAAAGCCUUUAUGAACUCUUCCUUCUUGCACAGUCAUUUGCAACGUCGCCAUUCAGAAGAACCAGUCACUGCAAGUCAAAAGAAAAAAUCACAGACUGAUAAACUGCAGGAGGAGAUCAACCAACUGAAGGAGCAGUUACAACUUACCAGGUCUCAAUUAGAAGCUGAGCAACAUGCCCAUAUAGUCAAACUGUCUAAGGAAUAUGAAGAACGCAGAUCCAAAGAGGAGGAGAUUCGGCACUUAUUUCACAAAUGGAAGGAAGAAGAAAAGGAAAAAUUGGCCCGUGAACUUGAGAAAGUUAAAGAGAUGUUUAUGAAGGAAUUUAAAGAAUUAACAGCAAAAAAUUCAGAAUUAGAAAAUCACUUGCUAGAGGUACAGAAAUCCAACCAACAUCUGAAAUCCAAUUUAGGCACUUUAAAAGAUACCACUGAAUUAAUAGAUGAGAAACAGCGGAUUGCUAUGGAUCAUCAGAAUGUAAUGCAGCUUCUUGAAAAACAGGAAGCUAAGUGGUCUUCUAAGGUACAAGCUCUUCAAGAAGAACAUGAAAAUGAAACAUAUCAGCUCACAUCUCAAAUUGAGAAGCUUAAAGCAUCAGUGGCUGAGGAUCUGAAUAUGAGCAACAUUUUCUAUAAGAAGAGGCUAGAAGAACUAGGACAAAAGCUGCAAGAACAGAAUGAUCUUAUUAUUAUCCAGAAACACCAGAUAGAAAAACUGGCUUCAAAAAAAACAGUAGAAAACUCAAAGUUAUCUGAAGUGAAAGCUUCAGUGCAAAAUGUUCAACCCAAAUCAAGCCCGUCAUCCAUGCAUGAUUUUGAAAUUGAAGCAGAAAAUCAAUCCAGUCUCCCAGCUAUAAGACUGUUAUCAAAAGAGCAUCCAGAAUCUGCAGUCCAAGAACAGGCCUUUUUGGUACCCAUGCUGGAGCCCAUAGAGGAGCUUCCAGAGAAUGAAAAAGAAAUAGAAAAGCAAGUGCCCCAAACAGGAAAGAAUAAGUCUCAUAUGAUAAAUACCUUGAAGAGUGAUCCUUCUUUAACAAAAGAACUGAGAACUGUUUUGGAGCAGACCCUAGCAGAAAAGUUGGAAUCCUUGGGAAUUAAAUCCGGAGUGCGCGGCAUCCCAAGUGAUCAUCUGAACAGAGUCUUAAUAUCUGUUGAGUCUGCUAGAGAAGAAAGGAAGAAACAACUGCCUGAUAUUCAACAUAUUCGAGAGCAACUUGAACGACAAGUCAGUUUCAGAGUUGCUGAAAGAUCAUCUUGCAGCAGAUUUCUUUCCAACCCUUAUCUUUCUUCAGAAGCUAAACACAAGGCAACUCGCUUAGGAACUUCUUUACCCACCGUUUUGCCCAAGCCAGUAAAACGUUCCUCCAUUGCCAAACAUUCACUCAUGCAAAGAAAAUUGCCUGCUGAAAACACAUCAACCCCAAAAAUCAAGAAGAAUAUGUCGAAGGAUGAAAUUUCUAGAAAACCACCUAGUACUGAAACUCCUCCAUUUAGCUCAGAAGAGGAAGUGGAGGAAAAUCACAUCAGGCACUCCUACAUCUCACCUGAAUUAUCUCUGCACAAGGCCUCCAAGGGCCACAGCAAAGACAACUUGCCAAGAUUUGCAUAUCGGAGUGAUAUAAACAUUCCUGAAGAUGAAGUAGAUCUUAAGCCAUCCAGAAGCAGAAGCUCUUUACUUCAAAAUGAAAUGGAUGAAAUGGAAAAGUUUCUCUUAAGCCAAAGAAAGGAAAGGAAACAAAUUGGAAGAAUUAAUGGUGGUUCAGCAUCUAUUCAAACAUGUGCCCAAGGAGUAAAGUUUACAGGCAUUGAAGAUGAGAAUGACUGGGAUUUAUCAUCUCUGGAAGAUGAAAAACCUUUGAAAGAUGAGAAAAAUAAGAAUGUAUGUGCUGUGUCAGUGACCCAUGAAUGGAGAAAACCAAUAAAGGAUGAAGGACUUCAAGAUGCAGAUAUCUCAAGCUCACCGAAAAGCAGCUUGGUCACUGUUACAGAUUGGAGCGACUCUUCAUAUAUUUGAUUGCGCAAGGAGGUUUAAUCUGAUUUCUGUCCUUUUUUCUUAUGGUGCACUAACAAGGAACUUUUCUUUACAAAACUGUGUCCAAAAUUUUACCUUUGAUCAAAUGCGAGCUGUUAAUUACUUCCAGCUAGUUCUCCUGGAAGAAGUAGUUAAAAAGUGUUGUACCAAUUAACACUGUCCUCUUUUUUUAAACUAUCAAAACAUAUUUAAAUCAUACAAAGACCUUAUAUAAACAUAUCUUUAUUGUAAUGCUACCCAGGAAGACUAAAAAGUUGGAAGAAGGUGGCUUUGUUUUGACUCCUGGCACUUCCAUGCAGUUACUAUCAUGUCUCCCCUAGUCCUUCUUUUCUCUAAUUGGCCAUACCCAAUUCCUAAUCAGUCUUCAUGUUUUUGUCCUUAAUGCCCUUCAUCGUCUUAGUUGCUCUUUGCACUUUUCCCCCAAAAUCUCAACAUCUUUUUUUAAUGCGACCAAAACUGGAUGCAGUAUUCCAGGUCCUACUAAGGAUUUGUAAAGCCAUACUAAUAGGAAACACUGCAAAACUAUUCCGUUUCCUCUGGCAUAACACCUGAGCUGAAAGUUCACUGCACAACUUCUGAAGGUCCCUACCAAAGACCAGCUGCAUCUGUUGAUGUAGCUGUUCUAUGUAAAAGGAAUCCCUCCUGUUGAAAGAUUAGCAGAUUUCCUUAAUGGUAAAGAAGUUGACUGUGUGGGAAUCCUGCCACCUGGUGAGCACAGGAAUAUUAGGGAUAAUAUCAGGUCACCUGAACUCUAUUUGGAGAUCGGUUGAAGCAACAUAGGAAAGAUGCAGUAAAAUGCUUUGCAGCACUUUAAAUUGAGCACAUUCAUUAUGUGUUUUGUAAUCUAUCAAAUAUGACCUCUUGCCUGGCCUUUGUGCUCAUCUGUCAUUGCUAUCAAGCAUGCAAGAGAAGACUUAAUAUGUCCCUGCUUUUGUCUCCUUCUGCCUCCUCUUCUUAUGAAGAGUAAAAUUGCUUUUUGCCUUGAGCAUGCAGAAAUAACUGCCCAAGGGGACAGGUGGAUCAAUGACCAUACCAGAUGCUAGCUCACUUAGUGUUUCAGGGCAUUUAACAACUUCAAUACUUCAUAGAUUGAGCCCUAGUAACCCUUAACAACCCUUCAACAAGCACAAUUUGAACUGAAUUGGGGACAGAGGGCAUAAAAAUAAUAAGAUUUUUUUAAAAAUAAAAUUAUUUAUUUUAAACCAGCUAAACAAUAAAGUUCUUAACGUUCUUUUAAUCCAGAAUAAUUACCAAAACUACAUUUCUGGUCUCAUAAAAAUGACUAAAAGGCUGUGUUCCUUUCUUAUACCUCAUUCUUUCCCAAAACAUUUUGUAUUUAGUUCUAGGCACAGGUAAGUGUAUCUGGAAACCCGUAUGUGCGUGCUCCAUUCCUCCAUCUUCUUGCUGAUGUUUAAAUGUACAAUGUUGUUCUUUGUAGUAAAAAAAAAUCUGUGGAACAUGCUAACUUUCAGUGGGUUUCAUAUCUUAUAAAAGCUCAAGAUAGGAUUGGUCUUUAACAGUAUAAUGUGUAUCAAGGCAGUGAAGCUUUGUUAAUAGAAGAAAAACAAGGAAAAGGCCAUUCCUACCUCACUAUAAUACUAUAGCAACCAGUGUAGUGGUUAGGCACAAGGCUAGAAACCAGGAGACCAUAGGUUUUAGUGUUGCUGUAGGCCCAAAGCCAGUGGGGGGGGGAAUGUGGGCUAGUCACUCACACUCUGUCCUUGGAAGAGGAAAGAAAGGGCAAACCACUUCCAAAACCCUUGCCAAGAAAAUUGCAGGAAUAAUCCAGGCAGUUGCCAGGCAUUAACUUUGACCAGAAGGCACAAAAAAAAAA